AUACUACUGAUUGAAGAUUGUUGUGUGCGCCCAUUCAUCGCCGUCAAGUCAUCAGUGUGCAGUGUGUUGUGGGCUAGGUUGCUGCUGAACAUCUUCUGCCUUCUGAUUGGUGCGUCUUCUUCAGUCGCACAUCGUUGGCACUGGACGAGACACAGGGAAAAACAGCCGAUCCCGAUCCGGAGAAGGACUAUGGUUGUGUAGGGAAAAUCUGUUCUCUUGGUGGAAAAAAACAAUGGAGACUUUCCCGGCCGUGUAGAACGUUUUCAUUGAUCCACGACUGGCUACCGGAAGGCGAGAGGACUACUACGAAACGCUUGGUAACGAUCCAGAAGAUUUCCAAAAUCAGCUCUCUGAGACCGAUUAUAUGACGUUUGCUUACCCUUCCGAUCUCAAGCACUAGAAAACAAAUCAAUUCAUCAGCUCCACCGCACCCACCAUGAUCCAGGGUUACGGUUCGGUGACGCAAGCCCUACUGGGCACCCUGCUGACAUGGGGCCUCACGGCGCUCGGUUCCGGAAUGGUGAUCUUCCUGCGGGGCAAUCAGCGCAAAUCGUUGGACAUCUCGCUUGGAUUCGCCGCCGGCGUCAUGAUUGCGGCCAGUUUCUGGUCCCUGUUGGCUCCGGCCAUCGAACUGGCGGAAAGCUCCAACAUGUACGGAAGCAAAGGGGAGUUUGCAUUCAUUCCGGUAGCGGUGGGAUUCCUGCUGGGGGCGAUCUUCGUGUACGGAACGGAUAAGGUGAUAUCGUUUUUGGGAAUCAAUAGCCCUACCAUGAUGAUUGCGUUGACGCAUGCCAACAAGGAUAAGGCCGAUAUUGCGAUCGACGAUCAAGUGUCCUCGUUGGAGCAUGGACGCAGCUCGUACGCGGGAGUUCCUCCGAACCCGCAGGACAAUUCGUUGGCAAUCGGGAUGGAAAGCUUUGCGGACUGUUUGAACGCACAGCAUGGAAACGUUUCGCGCAAGCGCAGGAAGGGAUCGGUUAAGGAGCAAGCCACGUAUACGAACACCAGUCAGAGCCAGAUCGAUGCACAGCUGUCCCAGUGGAAACGAAUCAUGCUGUUGGUGGUGGCCAUUACCGUGCACAACAUCCCCGAGGGGUUGGCCGUCGGAGUGAGUUUUGGUGCUAUCGGAACAACGGAAUCUGCCACCUUCGAGGCGGCACGAAAUCUGGCCAUCGGCAUUGGCAUCCAGAACUUCCCCGAGGGAUUGGCGGUGAGUCUACCGCUACACGCUGCUGGAUUCAGCUUAGGGAAGAGCUUUUGGUACGGUCAACUGUCCGGAAUGGUUGAACCGAUCUUCGGUGUGUUGGGUGCAGUUGCUGUCAGUGUGGCGAGCAUUAUUUUGCCCUAUGCCCUGUCCUUUGCCGCUGGGGCCAUGAUCUACAUCGUGGCGGAUGAUAUUCUACCAGAGGCGCAUGCAAGCGGAAACGGACUGAUUGCCACCUGGGGAACGAUAACCGGUUUUGUGGUGAUGAUGUGCCUCGACGUUGGUCUUGGAUAAGCAUAUGGGCAUUUGGUGCUCCGUACAAAUACGACAAUUAACAAAACUACUUUGACCGCAACAUACCGAUGUGAUCUAAACUGUUGGAAUGUACUUUAAUCGAUUAAGUAUUAACUGUAUUUGUUUAGAAAAAAUGAGGAAACCAUUAGCUGUACGAGAAUUGGUUGAUUUCUUAAAAGGCCUUGGAGAGCAAAUCGAACACACCCGCUUAUGGGUGGACGAACAAAAUGCGAAGAAAAACAUCAUUUUCCCAAAAUUUUAUUUUAUUUCUAGGAAUAACAUGUACAAAUGAAACCCAUUUUUAUGAUCUAGCUACACAAA